AUGGGUGACACAAAUGCCAACACUGAUCUUCUACCUGUGUGUGUAGAAGGAGGAGGAGGUCAGAGUGUGAGGAGGAGGAGGUCAGACUGUGAGGAGGAGGAGGAGGAGGAUGAGGAGGAGGAGGUCAGAGUGUGGAGGGAGGAGGAGGAGGAGGUCAGAGUGUGUGUAGAGGAGGAGGAGGUCAGAGUGUGUGUAGAGGAGGAGGAGAGGAGGAGGAGGUCAGAGUGUGAGGAGGAGGAGAAGGUCAGAGUGUGUGUAGAGGAGGAGGAGGUCAGAGUGUGUGUAGAGGAGGAGGAGGUCAGAGUGUGUGUAGAGGAGGAGGAGGUCAGAGUGUGUGUAGAGGAGGAGGAGAGGAGGAGGCGGUCAGAGUGUGAGGAGGAGGAGGAGGUCAGAGUGUGUGUAGAGGAGGAGGAGGUCCAGAGUGUGCAGAGUGUGAGGAGGUCAGAGUGUGAGGAGGAGGAGGAGGGUCAGAGUGUGAGGAGGAGGAGGGGGUCAGAGUGUGAGGAGGAGGAGGGGAGGAGGAGGAGGGGUCAGAGUGUGAGGAGGAGGAGGAGGUCAGAGUGUGAGGAGGAGGAGGUCAGAGUGUGUGUGAGUGUGAGGAGGAGGAGGUCAGAGUGUGAGGAGGAGGAGGAGGUCAGAGAGUGUGUGAGGAGGAGGAGGAGGUCAGAGUGUGAGGAGGAGGAGUCAGAGUGUGAGGAGGAGGAGGUAAGGCAGAGUGUGAGGAGGAGGAGGAGGUCAGAGUGUGAGGAGGAGGUCAGAGUGAGGAGGAGGAGGUCAGAGUGUGAGGAGGAGGAGGAGGUCAGAGUGUGUGUAGGAGGAGGAGGAGGUCAGAGUGUGAGUGAGGAGGAGGAGGUCAGAGUGUUAGGUAGGAGGAGAGGUCAGGAGGAGAGUCAGAGUGUGAGGAGGAGGAGGAGGUCAGAGUGUGUAGGAGGAGGAGGAGGUCAGAGUGUGAGGAGGAGGGAGAGUGUGAGGAGGAGGAGGAGGGGUCAGAGUGUGAGGAGAGGAGGAGGAGGUCAGAGUGUGGUGAGGAGGAGGAGGAGGAGGUCAGAGUGUGAGGAGGAGGAGGAGGUCAGAGUGUGGAGAGGAGGAGGAGAGUGUGGGAGGGGAGGAGGUCAGAGUGUGAGGAGGAGGAGGAGGUCAGAGUGUGGGAGGAGGAGGAGGUCAGAGUGUGAGGAGGAGGAGGAGUGUGUGGAGGAGGAGGAGGAGGUCAGAGUGUGUGGAGGAGGAGGAGGAGGUCAGAGUGUGAGGAGGAGGAGGAGGUCAGAGUGUGAGGAGGAGGAGGAGGUCAGAGUGUGGAGGAGGAGGAGGAGGUCAGAGUGUGAGGAGGAGGAGGAGGUCAGAGUGUGUGGAGGAGGAGGAGGUCAGAGUGUGGAGGAGGAGGAGGAGGUAGUGUGUGGAGGAGGAGGAGGGUCAGAGUGUGUGAGGAGGAGGAGGAGGUCAGAGUGUGAGGAGGAGGAGGAGAGGUCAGAGUGUGGAGGAGGAGGAGGAGGUCAGAGUGUGAGGAGGAGGAGGAGGUCAGAGGUCAGAGUGUGUAGAGGAGGAGGAGGUCAGAGUGUAGAGGAGGAGGAGGUCAGAGUGUGUGUAGGAGGAGGAGGAGGAGGAGAGGAGGAGGAGGUCAGAGUGUGUGUAGAGGAGGAGGAGGUCAGAGUGUGUGUAGAGGAGGAGGAGGUCAGAGUGUGUGUAGAGGAGGAGGAGGUCAGAGUGUGUGUAGAGGAGGAGGAGGAGGAGGAGGUCAGAGUGUGUGUAGAGGAGGAGGAGGUCAGAGUGUGUGUAGAGGAGGAGGAGGUCAGAGUGUGUGUAGAGGAGGAGGAGGUCAGAGUGUGUGUAGAGGAGGAGGAGGUCAGAGUGUGUGUAGAGGAGGAGGAGGUCAGAGUGUGUGUAGAGGAGGAGGAGGUCAGAGUGUGUGUAGAGGAGGAGGAGGUCAGAGUGUGUGUAGAGGAGGAGGAGGUCAGAGUGUGUGUAGAGGAGGAGGAGGUCAGAGUGUGUGUAGAGGAGGAGGAGGUCAGAGUGUGUGAGGAGGAGGAGGAGGUCAGAGUGUGUGUAGAGGAGGAGGAGGUCAGAGUGUGUGUAGAGGAGGAGGAGGUCAGAGUGUGUGUAGAGGAGGAGGAGAGGAGGAGGAGGUCAGAGUGUGAGGAGGAGGAGGAGGUCAGAGUGUGUGGAGAGGAGGAGGAGGUCAGAGUGUGUGAGGAGGAGGAGGAGGUCAGAGUGUGUGUAGAGGAGGAGGAGGAGGAGGAGGAGGUCAGAGUGUGUGAGAGGAGGAGGAGGUCAGAGUGUGAGGAGGAGGAGGAGGUCAGAGUGUGUGUAGAGGAGGAGGAGGUCAGAGUGUGUGUAGGAGGAGGAGGAGAGUGUGAGGAGGAGGAGGAGGUCAGAGUGUGUGUAGAGGAGGAGGAGGUCAGAGAGGAGGAGGAGGAGGAGGUCAGAGGAGUGAGGUCAGAGUGUGAGGAGGGAGAGUGUGAGGAGGAGGAGGAGGUCAGAGUGUGUGUAGAGGAGGAGGAGGUCAGAGUGUGUGUAGAGGAGGAGUCAAGUGUGAGGUCAGAGAGGUGUGUGGAGGAGGAGGAGGUCAGAGUGUGUGUAGAGGAGGAGGAGGUCAGAGUGUGUGUAGAGGAGGAGGAGGUCAGAGUGUGUGUAGAGGAGGAGGAGAGGAGGAGGAGGUCAGAGUGUGAGGAGGAGGAGGAGGUCAGAGUGUGUGUAGAGGAGGAGGAGGUCAGAGUGUGUGUAGAGGAGGAGGAGGUCAGAGUGUGUGUAGAGGAGGAGGAGGUCAGAGUGUGUGUAGAGGAGGAGGAGGUCAGAGUGUGUGUAGAGGAGGAGGAGGUCAGAGUGUGUGUAGAGGAGGAGGAGGUCAGAGUCGUGUGUGUAGAGGAGGAGGAGGAGGUCAGAGUGUGUGUAGAGGAGGAGGAGGUCAGAGUGUGUGUAGAGGAGGAGGAGGUCAGAGUGUGUGUAGAGGAGGAGGAGGAGGUCAGAGUGUGUGUAGAGGAGGAGGAGAGGAGGAGGAGGAGGUCAGAGUGUGAGGAGGAGGAGGAGGUCAGAGUGUGUGUAGAGGAGGAGGAGGAGGUCAGAGUGUGUGUAGAGGAGGAGGAGGAGGUCAGAGUGUGUGUAGAGGAGGAGGAGAGUGUGAGGAGGAGGAGGAGGUCAGAGUGUGAGGAGGAGGAGGAGGUCAGAGUGUGUGUAGAGGAGGAGGAGGUCAGAGUGUGUGUAGAGGAGGAGGAGGUCAGAGUGUGUGUAGAGGAGGAGGAGGAGGUCAGAGUGUGUGUAGAGGAGGAGGAGGUCAGAGUGUGA